AACAACAACAACAAUCGAACACGCAUCGUUGUUUGAAAGUUUAUAUAUGUAUCUAUGUAUAUAUAAAAAUAAACGCACCGCAAGCAAAGUGAAGUAAGAACAAAUUCUUACCAAUAACAAUAACAACAACUCACAGCAAGAACAAUUCGCUGUAAGAGCAGGAACCACAAAGUGCAGUCAAGAAAAUAAUUACCGUAAAAAGAAAAGUUGUUGUAGUAGAGAAGAAGAAGCAACAUUAAUAACUUUUGAUAUUCUAAAAGCUACAGCUACAGCUACAGCAACUGCACAAACAAAAACAAACAGACUAGUUGGUUAAAACGCAGUUGAUUGGGAGGCUCGUGUUAGAGAUAAUCGUAAAAAUUUAUCGUAUAAAGUGUAUAAAGUGCAAUGACUCUCCUGCAUCACGAUAUUAAGACCAUAGAUGGAAAUGGUACUGGGGGCGGAGGUGGUGGCGGAGGAGGAGGUAUGAACUGCUGUUCAAGUGCAGGCAGUUCUGAAAUAUCCAUUGAUGAAACUGUCAACCCACAAGUAAAUAAGGAUUUGCUCCAACAACAAACUAAAUAUGAAAAUAUUGAAGCAAAUUUUCCACGUUGCAAUGAAGUUGAUAUUGAAUUCGAAAAUGUUAAAUAUACAGUGAGACGAUUUUCAUUUGCAGAACGUAAAUUUGUUACAAAAGAAAUUCUACAUGGCAUUAAUGGAGCUUUCCGUUCUGGAGAAUUAACUGCUAUUAUGGGUCCAUCAGGUUCUGGCAAAAGCACACUUUUGAAUGUUAUGACUGGAUUUCGUUCUACUGGCGUGACUGGUUCAAUAUCAGUAAACGGAAAAUCUAUAUCUACAAAUUCUUCCAAAUUUCGUGAGCUAUCCUGUUAUAUACAUCAGGAUGAUUUACUACGCCCACAGUUGACUGUAGGCGAAACAAUGAUGCUUGCCGCUCACUUAAAGUUGGGAUAUAACGUCACCAAAGAACACAAACUUAAUUUGAUUAAACACAUUUUAACACUCUUGGGUUUAGAACACCGUUACAAUGUAUUUACAAUUAAAUUAUCUGGUGGGCAGAAGAAACGUCUUGCAAUUGCUUUGGAACUGAUAAGCAAUCCACCAGUGCUAUAUUUAGAUGAACCAACAACCGGUUUAGACAGCUCAUCAUGUAGUCAAUGUGUUUCACUGUUAAAAAAAUUGGCAUCUCAAGGUCAUACGAUUGUUUGCACCAUACAUCAACCUAGUGCAUUGUUAUUUGAAAUGUUCGAUAAGCUAUAUACAGUUGUGGAAGGAAAUUGUAUCUACCAAGGCAAGGUACGCGAGCUGAUCCCAUUCUUAAGUGAUCAGGGUUUAAUAUGUCCAAGUUAUCACAACCCAGCAGAUUUCUUAUUGGAAGUUGCUGUUGGUGAACAUGAACGUGAUUUGAAUAAACUAAUUAAUGCGGCGAAUAAAAAGUAUUACGAAGACGUCGAUUUGAAUCAAUUAAAUAGACGCGUAACGCAACUUAUAACCAAAAUACAGGAGAAUAUUGAACACAAAAAUUGUAGCAAAAGCAGCGGAACUAGCAAAAGUUUAAAACCCUUCUCAUCCGGUCGUUUAGCACAAUUUGCAGCCUUCGACUAUGUAAAACCUAAUGUGGAUGAAAUGGCUUUAGAGGAAAUCAAAGCACUAAAUGGAACGGGAACAGGUGGUAAACAGAUAAAUAAUAUCGAAAACAUUCAUCGGACUAAUAUGCAGCAGGCUUCGUUUCUAAUGCAAUAUUUGCUUUUAUUAAAGCGUAUUUUCGUGUGUUCGCAGCGCAAUUGUUUUUUGCUUUUGGCCCGACUUCUGUCGCACAUUGCUAUUGGCGUCGUCUUUGGUUAUUUGUAUCUGCAAGUGGGUGACAAAGCUUCCACCGUUUUGGGUAAUUAUGUUUAUCUCUAUGGUACGAUGUUAUUGCUGGUUUAUACAGGCAAAAUGGCUGUGGUUCUUACAUUUCCAUUGGAAAUUGAUAUGUUAACACGUGAGCAUUUCAAUCGUUGGUACAGUCUGGGUCCGUAUUUCUUGUCAUUAUUAUCAUUCGAAAUUCCAUUCCAGAGCAUCUGUGCAGUCCUUUAUAUGGCUAUAAGUGUUUAUCUAACAGGAAAUAACAGCGAUGCAACAUUUCGUAUAUACUAUUUCAUCAUUCUUGGAGUUUUGGCAACAUUAAGUGCGCAAGCUUGGGGAUUCUUUGUUGGUGCCACAUUACCAACUAAAAUAGCGGUGUUUUUAGGUCCUAUACUGGCAGUGCUGUUCUCGGUAUUUGGAUUUUGUUCGCGUUAUAUUGAUAUAACACCUAUUUUUCGCUGGAUGUGGCAUAUAAGCUAUUUUCGUGCCGGUUUUCAUGGUGCCUUAAAUGCUAUAUAUGGCAUGGAUCGUCCAUUUUUACCUUGCCCCGAGACGACAAUGUACUGUCAUUUCCGCAGUCCUAAGGUCUUUCUCAAUUACAUGAUGAUCUCGGAUGUUAGUAUGAGCGAUUGCGUGUUGUUAAUGGUGAUAGUUAUUGGCGUAAUGCACAUACUGACAGUGAUUACACUCUGGCAUAAGCUCAAUAAGCGUUAAGUCAAGAAGUUGGUGUUGGUCAAGAAGUUAACCAAGCAACAGUGCUGUCAUGCGGCAUAUCGACUGUGAUGAGGACAAAAUAUAAAAUAAUUACAAAACUUGCUACCAAAACAAAACAAAAAGAAAAUAACUAAAUUUUG